AUGGCUUCUGUAAUGGAUGUAGACGAAGAAGAAGUAGAGAUGGCUUCCUCAAGUAGUGGUAAAGGCGACAAAAAAAGAUUUGAAGUCAAAAAGUGGAAUGCUGUCGCUUUGUGGGCUUGGGACAUUGUGGUCGAUAACUGUGCGAUUUGCCGCAACCAUAUUAUGGAUCUGUGCAUAGAAUGCCAAGCCAACCAGGCUUCAGCAACUAGUGAAGAAUGCACAGUAGCUUGGGGUGUUUGUAAUCAUGCUUUUCACUUCCAUUGCAUCUCACGCUGGCUCAAAACCAGGCAAGUCUGCCCUCUAGACAACAGAGAGUGGGAAUUCCAGAACAAUAUUAUAAAUAUGAAUGCUUGUAUGGACAUUAAAGCAGAACCUCCAACAGCCAACCCUGCACGAAGCCUCAGCUCCACUUGA